AGACCUUAAUGUAUUUUGGAUUAGGAUUCCCAUGGCAUGUGAACUAGAAGAUAAUUUGGAAUAGAAGGUCUCUUUAUUUUGAAGUGACAGUCUUUAUCAAAAUGGUUGGAAAACUCAAACAGAACUUGCUAUUGGCAUGUCUGGUGAUCAGUUCAGUGACAGUGUUUUAUUUGGGCCAACAUGCUAUGGAGUGUCACCAUCGAAUAGAAGAACGCAGCCAGCCUGUGAGGAUGGAAAGCGUGAGAAGCACAGUAAGAACUGCUUCCAAUGUCCAUGCAAACAAAACUUUUGCUUACAACAAAGACAUGCCUUUAAUAUUUAUUGGAGGAGUACCUCGAAGUGGCACUACCUUAAUGCGUGCCAUGCUUGAUGCCCAUCCGGAUAUUCGAUGCGGAGAAGAGACAAGGGUAAUCCCGCGAAUUCUGGCAGUUAAGCAGAUGUGGGCUAGAUCAAGCAAAGAGAAGAUCCGACUGGAUGAAGCUGGAGUCACAGAUGAGGUUCUGGACUCAGCCAUGCAAGCGUUUUUGUUGGAAAUCAUUGUGAAACAUGGGGAGCCUGCUCCAUAUUUGUGUAACAAAGAUCCUUUUGCUUUAAAAUCCUUAACUUAUCUUGCUAGAAUUUUCCCCAAUGCCAAAUUUCUUCUAAUGGUACGGGAUGGUCGUGCAUCUGUGCAUUCCAUGAUAUCUAGAAAAGUCACAAUAGCUGGGUUUGACCUUAACAGCUACAGGGACUGCUUGACCAAGUGGAAUCGUGCUAUAGAAACUAUGUAUAACCAGUGUAUGGAGGUUGGUUUUGAAAGGUGUAUGCUGGUACACUACGAACAGCUCGUAUUGCAUCCUGAAAGAUGGAUGAGAACUCUCUUAAAGUUUCUUCGAAUACCAUGGAACCAAGCAGUGCUGCACCAUGAAGAAAUGAUUGGAAAAGCAGGGGGUGUUUCUCUUUCAAAGGUUGAAAGAUCUACUGACCAAGUAAUCAAGCCAGUCAAUGUGGAAGCACUGUCAAAGUGGGUUGGGAAGAUACCUGCUGAUGUUCUGCAAGACAUGCCUGUGAUUGCACCCAUGCUAGCAAAACUGGGCUAUGAUCCUUAUGCCAAUCCCCCAAAUUAUGGAAAGCCAGAUCAAAAAGUUGUGGAAAACACAAGGAGGGUCUAUAAAGGUGAAUUUCAGCUUCCGGACUUUCUUAAAGAAGUGCCACAGACUGAACCGAUGGAAUAGAAGAUACAAUGGAUAUUUCUUGCACAGAAG